AUGCAGCUGCAUAACCUGCUCAGCGUCCUUCUCCUCUCUCUCGCUCUCGGUCACGCUGUCACGGCCGCCAUUCCUGCCGCUGCUCCCCCGCGUGGUGAAGACGCCCACAAGUUUGUCAAGCGUGGGCACCAUGUUCACUAUCACACCCAUAACGCUCCGGCUCCUCCUUCUUCUGGAGGAAUGUUUGGCAACAGUGGAAGCUCGAUGGCCAAGACGAUUGUGGGAGGUACUGCUUUAGCUGGAGGGGCGGCAUUUGCUGCUACUGCGGGCUCGAUUGGUGCUCAUCGCUUGUUCGAUAAGGAUCACGAGGACGAUGAUGGUGAGAAGCAGGAAAAAGGUAGUGGUGGCGGUAGGGGUGCGGAUCAGGUUCAAGGUAGUGGUGAAAAGGCGCAGCCCAUGUCGAUGCAACCGCAAGGACAGCAGAUGAUAGGAACCACGUAUCCUGUCUACCAUCAGCAUCCCAUAGCGAGCGAGAAAGAUGCUGUGCCAGUGGCGAUCUUGAUGUCCGAUGGAAGCUACCGCUCUGUCCCCGAAGGUGCUAGUCUCAGUAUCGACGACCGACGUCAACAGCAGCAGCAGCCUACAGACUCUAUCCAAGCUGGUCCGGGUCAGACUCAGCCCAACUUCGCUACUGGCCGAGGCGGAUUUGUCUUUCCUAGCUCCAAUGAAAACUAA